CUUCAGCUAUUGGCUUGAAGCUAUUGACUGCCUGACACCAUCUGCAAGGCUGCAAUUUCUACUCUUCAAAUCCAUUCAGCACACGGCGUGAGUCGGCGAACAGACUAUCUGUGCUUUAAGCAGAAUCCGAUCUUGUUAACCUAAUUCACAAUAAGUAAUGCAGAUCGCUGCCUCUUAUUCAGCGCAGCACAAUAGAUAAUUCAGCUGCAUUGAAUCUUAACGGAAAUUUGAAGGCAAACAAAACAGGAGACAUGUUUGGAAUAUACUUAUCACAUCAAGUGCUGGAUCAAACUUGAAGCCUUUUAUAUUUUUAUUUUUUUUGUGCAACUUCAGAAAGGUCACCUUUUGCAGUCUGUAGCAGCUUCUUUAUCGCUAAACUAGGAUUACAGGUUAUUUCAGAGUAUUCUGAUCAGCCCAAGAGCUUCAGCUGCACAGGCUAAAACACUGAUGGUCGAUGCCAUAGGGAAGAACAUGAAAUGUCUCACUUUUUUUUUAAUGCUUCCAGAAACUGUAAAGAAUCGGUCAAAAAAAGGUCCCAAAAAGGUAAAUCCGGCCACCAGCAGCAAGUUACCGCCAGUUUGCUAUGAGAUAAUCACCUUAAAAUCCAAAAAGAAGAAGAAGAUGGCUGCUGAGAUAUUUCCCAGUAAGAAGCCGGCUAACAGCAACUCAAACUCUAUGCAGCAAUAUCACCAGCAAAAUCUUAACAACAACAACACUAUCCCAUCCCCGAACUGGCAAGGACUUUAUGGCACCAUCAGAGAAAGAAAUGCAGUGAUGUUCAACAAUGACCUGAUGGCAGAUGUACAUUUUGUGGUGGGGCCACCAGGUGGGACCCAGCGGCUACCUGGACACAAAUAUGUUUUAGCCGUUGGAAGCUCUGUGUUCCAUGCAAUGUUUUACGGUGAACUCGCGGAAGAUAAAGAUGAAAUUCGGAUACCAGAUGUUGAACCUGCUGCCUUUCUGGCUAUGCUGAAGUAUUUAUAUUGUGACGAAAUAGACUUGGCCGCUGACACAGUUUUGGCAACUCUUUAUGCUGCUAAAAAGUAUAUUGUCCCCCAUCUUGCCAGAGCGUGCGUUAACUUCCUAGAGACCAGUCUAAGCGCAAAGAAUGCAUGCGUUCUACUCUCUCAAAGUUGCUUGUUUGAAGAGCCUGAUCUGACCCAAAGGUGCUGGGAAGUGAUUGAUGCACAGGCGGAACUUGCAUUGAAAAGCGAAGGCUUUUGUGACAUUGACUUUCAGACACUUGAAAGUAUCCUCAAAAGAGAGACUUUAAAUGCCAAAGAAAUAGUGGUCUUUGAGGCUGCUCUUUGUUGGGCCGAAGUAGAAUGUCAGCGUCAAGAAUUAACUCCUACUAUAGAGAAUAAGCGAAAGGUUUUGGGCAAAGCGCUCUACUUAAUCCGUAUCCCUACAAUGGCACUGGACGACUUUGCAAAUGGAGCUGCCCAGUCAGGAGUUUUGACACUCAAUGAAACAAACGAUAUAUUCCUGUGGUACACCGCAGCUAAGAAGCCAGAGUUAGAGUUUGUAAGCAAACCCAGAAAAGGCCUGGUUCCUCAGAGGUGCCACCGGUUUCAGUCAUGUGCUUAUCGUAGCAACCAAUGGCGCUACAGAGGUCGUUGUGACAGCAUUCAGUUUGCAGUGGAUAAAAGGGUUUUCAUUGCAGGCUUUGGCCUCUAUGGUUCCAGUUGUGGGUCAGCAGAGUACAGUGCCAAAAUUGAGCUUAAACGUCAGGGUGUGAUACUGGGACAAAAUCUAAGUAAAUACUUUUCUGAUGGCUCCAGCAAUACAUUCCCUGUUUGGUUUGAGUAUCCAGUUCAAAUUGAACCAGACACUUUCUAUACAGCCAGCGUGAUUCUUGAUGGCAAUGAACUGAGUUACUUUGGACAAGAAGGAAUGACAGAAGUGCAGUGUGGAAAAGUAACGGUUCAAUUUCAGUGCUCUUCAGACAGCACAAAUGGGACAGGAGUGCAAGGAGGACAGAUUCCAGAACUAAUUUUCUAUGCCUGACAACGUUUUUUUUAUUUAUAAGGUUUGGUGCACUUAUCAUGUGUCUUUAUAGUCCAAGAAUGUAUAAAAUGUCUAUUCGUAAUUUAACAUACAAGUGAGAAACACUAUUUUAACUUAAGCAUCUACAGUUGCAAUAAACUUAACAUUUGUAAUUCAUUCUACCAUUUUUGAAAUAUUUGUAUAUAAAUUUUAUAAAUGUAAAGGUUUCAUUCACUUAAGGCUUGCUUGAUGAAUUUUUUUUUAUCUAUCCAUCCCACCUCUUGAACAUAGACAAUGGGGUUUACUACUAUACUGUGCACAUACAUGUUAGAUUCUUUACAUUUGUAUAUGGACUUUUAUUGUCAGAUAUAAGACCUGGUAAGGAGACUUAUUUUCUUCUAACGAGUGUAUCACAGUAGAAAGACGUAUUAGAUGCUGAACACUCGUUUGAUUUGGCACUGCUAAGUUAUACUCGGUGUAAAUUCCCCUGACCAAGCAAAAAUUACAGAUACGUUUCAAAUCUCUUGUGCGCUCAGUGAAACAUUGUCGGAGGGGAAGAUAAAAUGUCCUUACCUUUGAAGAGACACUUUCAUUAGGCAAAAAGGAAGGAGCUGGCACUACAUACAAGAAAGUAAAACACAA